AUGAAACUGACAAAGAUGCAAAUUUCGACUUUUCUCCUGCUCCUGACAUUGUGCCUGACAUUUGCCGAAGAUCGAUCCAAAGUGCGCUGGAAAAGGCGAACUCCUAUCAAAAGACAUAGAAACAGAUUCUAUCGCCCUCGCAGUGCUCCGAGUAUCCCAAGUUCAAACGAGAUUAGCGCUAAGUACAUCCUGCCGUUAUAUAAAGAUGGCUCGGUUUCGGAGAGCGAUGAGCCGAUUCCGAAAAGUCAAAAAGUUAAUUUGUUCAAGAAAGAAGCGAGACCCAACUCGAGGAGGAUGUCUAAUAGACUUGGUUAUCGCUCGACGCGUGGUCGUGGCCGCGGUCGCAGCCGGUUACCUCGUCAACUUGGCGGCUUCGCUGGCCGUCUAGCCCCUCCCGCCUAUGGUAGUCCCUUCUCAAGGGGUCAAGGUACCUCAUCAUUCCGCAACGCUCCAUCCUCAUAUAAUAACAUGGCUCCUUCAUAUUAUUAUGGACAAAUUAAAAGACAAAGCAUGUUCUGCGAAUGUGACUCAGGGAAGGGACUGCUUUGUUCUACAUAUUUCAAUCUCGGUCAAGGGUAUCAAAUGAUCGACUGCCAGAGAAAUGGCUUUCCAAGUGGAAUAGUUCCGGUUGGCAGAGGCUACUCCCCAUCCGGCACAGUGAAAGGUUCCGGUCCCUCUGUGUAUUGUAGCUGUGCCACGCCGGGGCCUCUUGUUUGCCAAAUGAUGAGUCCAGAAGCGAUUGCCAAUCUCGUAUCUCUUGCUGAAAAGAGCACUGCUUCCAUCUCACCUCCGGCUUACGGUGCGUCGCCGCCAAUGGGUCCAACACUGCCAAACAACUCUUCCAGUAUCAACAUCUCGUUCUACGGACCGACUUACGAUUACUACGGCGACUAUUACGGGAACUAUGAUUCUGCGUACGGUUCUUAUGGCAUUCCUCCACGUCAGGUCCCAGCAAUACCGCAAGGUGGCCCGAUCGGCAGUGGCGGAGGCAAUGUUGAUCAAUCUACCGGAAACAAGUUCGUGCUGCCUCUUGUCAAAACCAACGAAACUGAAGACUCAGCAGCGAUCAAAAGUAAUAAUGAUGGAAGAAGUGCGGCCAAUUCGUGGGCUGAUUAUGGUAACUCAGCACAAGGAUGGGCUUUUCCCCAAAGAGGUCAACCUAACAAUUGGGGUGGACAGGCUCAAGUUCCAGCACAACAAGGUCCAGUUUGGGGCCCCCAAGCUCAAAAUCCUCAAUGGAGGGGUCCUCAAAGACCACCAGGACAAUAUCCUCCUUCAAAUUGGCCCGUUUAUGAUGCGUAUGGAUCAAGUGGUUCUAAUAGCGACCAAACAAAUGACCCUACUGAUGGACAAGGUUUUCAGCCAACUUUCAAGCCUGUUAUGCCACCAAUUGCAGCACCUACAGAAGAGAUGGAGACUGAACCAGAUUAUGAUGAUGUUCCAAAUUAUACAGAGGGCAUUUAUACAACAGAAGAAACCACCAGAAAGAACGACGAGGAGAACAACCACUACAAGAAGAACCACGACAAAGAGAUCAACAACAACCUCAACAACGACUACCACAACGACUACCUCGACAACAACCACAACGUCUACUACAACAACAACCAAAACAACAACCACCACCACGACAACAACUACGACAACCACAACGACGACCACAACAACCACAACACUACCCUCUAA